GGAAAAGUUAUGAAGUUCACAAAAAAAGGAAAAAUAAUAGCAUAAAAAUCAUUAGAAGCACUGUGUCAAUGUACUGUUUAAGUCUGAGCAUUUUAUGGUCAUCUCAGUGCUUCUAGAAGCCUGAAAACAUUCAUUGUGUUCUGUAUUCUUCUGCAAUUAAUACAAACACUGCAUCUUCUAACUGGGUAAUCUGAUUAUGGAAUGAAUUACUAAAUUUUAUGUAGAACUGGGAAAUAGUAAAAUGCAAUGAUAAAAUGGUAAAAAAAUGGUAAAAAUAAGACUUUUAUUAUUUCUUUUCAAACAUUUUUAUGACUGUGCAUGUUCAAUUAGUAGUUUAAAACCCACAGAAUAUAAUCUUGACAAAAUUACAUUCAUAAAAUGAGAAAAAUUCUAACUUUUCUGAUCUUGAUCCAUGUCAUGGUACAAUGAUACAGAGGAAAGGCAGUUAGAAUCAACUAUUUAUCUAGAAAGACAAUAGUUUCUAUCCAUCACUUCUGGGUGUCACACUUUUAUUAUGCAGUCCAAAAAGUAGAUUAAAUGCUGUCUGAAGCUAUUCCUUCUGAAUCAUUUAAUCCUGACCUGGAAAACAAAAGGAAAGUGUCGCAUAACUAGCAGAGGUGUCUCCUGUGCUGUAAUAUUUUUCUCAACUGCUUUUCUGAACCUCAAAGAAUGCAUUUGAUCUACACGGAACCUCUGUGUUAGAAAGGCUUAUUUUCUUUGCACAAAUUAGUUGCCAGGAGACAACUGGACUUGUUCUAUUAAUUCUCCUUUCAAAGCAAGUUGUGUGAAUAUGACAACAGAAAAUUGACAUAAAAGUCAUGUAAGUAUAUCUAGAAGAGGGAAAUGCAAUGCAAAGAACUUGAUUCAUAGAAAAAAGCUUUCUUAGGACUUUUAUCAAGCUUCAGCAAAAUUUGGAAAAGAUUUUAUUCAACAGUGGCAAUAAAAAGAGCUGAAGAAGAGCUUUAUCAGGCCUCCUAGCUUAGGAUUCUAUCUCCAGCAGUGGUAUGAGUAUGGAGAGCAUCUGUUAGUGCUCCCUACAGGUGUUCUCCAUUCUCCACCAUUUAGCUCAGGUACUUCCACAACCAGAAGUGUUGCCUUCUUAUUUAAUAAAUCUGGGUAUAGCUAUAGCAAAUAAAUUUGUCCAGCCUGCUCUUAAGCCUGUGGGCUCUCAUACAGCUCACAGUGUCCUGAUUAUAGUAUGGCACUGGGAAUGCCUAUAUCCUCUCUUGCUUGCCUAGGAUGGACUCUGGAGAAGAGGACAAGGAAACAGUCUCAUAUUGACUGUACCGUGAGGAAAAGAUAAGCUUCUUUCAGAAGAGCUGUUUGAUGUGUUUGGCAUUACACAUUCCAAGGUGAAGGUGAAGGCAUUUUUAAUAGAGAAAAGCUUUUUCUUCCUACCUUCUCUCACAGCAAGGAUACCAUGCUUUGGCAAGCAGGGCCUUUGGAGGCAUAUAGUCUGUUUCUAUAGCGACUUGGGAUGUCUUUGUAAUGGAAAGAUCAAACCACAGGCUUAUCCUUGUGAUGUCUGUGCUGGAAAACACAUCAGGAAAAGAAAGGAACUAUCUGCAGCUCUGGCUGUCCUGUGGGCCAGGUGGACUGGGCUCUGGGGACAAUGGCUUGUCUGUCAUGGAAAGGAAGUGUUCUCUGUGCACAUGGGAUGGGCUCACCUUGGCUGGCUGGCAAAAGCCCACCAUGCUGCUCAGGCCUCUUCUCACAGGGACCACCCCUGCUGACAGCAGCUGGACACAGAUACCCCAAACCCCAUCUCAGAGGACCAUGCAGGCUGCUGAAAGCCCUACAGCUGCCCAUCACGCUUCCUGUGGCUGGAGACAAGGACAACUGAUCACUACGUUCAGCAGGGCUGGCUUCCUUCUUUGUAAAUAGGACUAUGCCUCAGGAAAUUCUAGGAGGAUUUUGCACCUGUCUGUGUUUGUUUCCCUUUCUGAAUAAAGUUGAAGCCCUGUCAGGAGCCUUUCAGUUCUACAUACUUCUCAUUUCACAAUUCAGUUUAAUCGUAAAUGUACUUGUUAAAACAUGCCUGUUUUGGGAGCCGUUCCAGACAGAAUAUUAGCUCUGUCUGGAAGAGUGUGAGCCUUUAGGAAUUCUACCAGAGUUCGCUGAAUUUAUCAGAAGUACUGACUUCUGUGUGUGCUAGCUCAUUUCUCUACCAAUUUAAAAAAUACACUGUAAAGAUGAAGGAGAUGAUGGAUAGGAGUAUGAGUUAGAAAAGUAAAAGCAUUUUUUUCAUUUAUAUAUAUAUAUAUAAAUUAAAUUUUAUGGAAAAAAAUCAGGACCUUUAAAAAACUACAGCAAAACUCAAAAAAUCAAUUUAACUCUGAAGAAUUGAGUUAAACCAGAGAAAUCCCAAAACUAAACACAGAAAUCCUGAAGAAAUAAGCUAUUUCAUCACAAAAUGCAGCAAUAAUCAUUUAUUGAAAGGGAUAGCUGAAAUGGAGCUAGAAUCUGAACUUCUUUAUUUGUGUCCUGGUCUAUUGAUUUGUCUGCCUGUGAAAUUACUCAUUUCACAAAUCCUACUGAAACCCAUCAAUGACUUAUAAUGACACAAAAUUAUAAUAGAAAUAGUCCAAGAAUAGUAUUUUUAUGGAGGCAAUAAAGGAAGACAGGUUAUUCCAUCUACAGGGCAAAACUAAAUGAAGUAAUUAGCUCCACCUUUCUUUCUGUGUGAAUAAUAAAAUUAUAUGCAAAUCUAAAUCAGUUUAAUUAUUAGGCAAUGCUCAGGCAUUAAAGACUUUGUAAUUAUUUCAGUGUAAACUGAGGUCAAGCAGGAGAAGCUAUGGAGGCUCAAAACAAUGAAUUACCUUGAAAACUAAUUCCUAAGAUAAUCAGAGACACAAAAAAGUCUGAAUGUUGGAUACUGGUUACUGCUGGCACAAAACAUAGCAGUGGUGGUGAUGAUUUUCAGGGCAAGUAGAGUGACAAUCUUAUCGUUACACUGAACAAGAGGAAGCGACAAUGCACAUAACAGGGGCAGGGGGCUUCUUCUCCCAAAGGCUGUGUUUUAAUCUUGCAUUCUGUGAUGGAAUGACCUUGCUUGGCUGCCAGAUGCCCACUUGGCUACUCUCUCCCUCCUCCUCCUCAACAGGACAAGGGAAGAAAAUAAGAUGGAGAAUUUUGUGGGUCAAGAUAAAGACAGUGAUACCAUUUAGCAGUACCUCUAUGGGCUAAAAAGAUCUAUGGAACAUUAAUUUAUUGCCAAUUAAAAUAGAUUGGGAAGUAAGAAACCAAAGCAGCACUAAAACAAUGCCUUCAAUCUGCACAAGUGCCAAAAAAUAUCAUGGGGUCUAAUACCUUCAGUAAAACCCCCUGAUCUUCAGUUUGCCAAUAAAAGGUCCUGUUCUCAUGUUAGUUCAUUACCGAUUAAAAAUAAAUAAAGGAGAAAGGAACAGUUUCUUCAGAACUCAGAUUUCUAAAGGCUUAAAAAUGUUUGAAGUACAGGGGGGUGGGGCAAGGAAAAAAAAAAAAAAAAAAAGAGAUCUUACCAAGGGGUGGUUCCUUUAACAAGCAGUGUCUCCUCACCCAAAUGUGGGCCAUUGUCUUUCUUAAUCUUCCUGCUUGUGUAGGUGGAAAGGGGACUUACAACAGUGCCCAAGAGCAAAUCAGCUGUUAUUGAUGUCCCACAAAUGAAGUGGCUUCCUUCUCUCCACCACAACUUUUUGUAUACCUCCUGUGGAAAAACAGGUUCCCUGCUCCAGAUUAUCUGGAUUUCUGUAUAACCCCUGGAGCUGAUUUCUUCCUGUUGAGUAAUACCUUAUUCAUCUUCCAGUUCUUCCUACUCCCUGAGAGGCAGAGUGGGAAUAUCUUGAUGCCAUGGAAGACUUCUCAGCAAUAACCAAAACACAGUUUCUUCAGGAAAGUUCAUCUAACAGCUAUCAACCAUGAAGAUUCUUAGCUACCUCCUGGUUUACCGAAGGUUCCUGCUCAUUGUCCUCACCCCACUGCUUUUACUUCCAUUUCCACUUAUCAUCAAAACCAAAGAAGCAGAAUGUGCAUACACACUGUUUGUAGUUGCCAUCUUUUGGCUCACAGAAGCUUUACCACUGGCUGUUUCAGCUUUGCUCCCUGCCUUUAUGUUCCCAUUGUUUGGUAUAAUGGGAUCCAAGCAGGUAGCAUCUGCUUAUUUUAAAGACUUUCAUCUGCUGCUGAUUGGAGUAAUUUGUUUGGCAACAUCAAUAGAAAAAUGGAAUCUUCACAAAAGAGUGGCUUUAAAAAUGGUGAUGCUGGUGGGUGUCAACCCUGCAUGGCUUAUGUUGGGUUUCAUGGUUAGCUGUGCUUUCUUGUCAAUGUGGCUCAGCAACACCUCUGCUGCUGCCAUGGUGAUGCCAAUCGUUGAAGCUGUAGCCCAGCAGAUCAUCAGAGCUGAAGCAGAAGCUGAUGAGCUGGAGAUGUCCUGCUCCAAUGGCUCCAUCAACCCAGCCCUGGAGCUGGACGAAAAUGUAGGAGAAUGUGAAAACCCAGACUGGAAAGAGAAAGAAAAACAAGUUAAUGGAUAUAACAACAAUGUGUGUAGUACUGUAUGCACAAUUGAAAAGGAAAAUGAAAAAGGAAAUGAACAGCAGAACCUUCCACCUGCUGAAGCAGAGAGAAAAAGCAGAAAGGACAAAUACAGUGGGAUUUUCAAAGUGAUGUGUUUAUGUGUGGCUUAUUCUGCUACCAUUGGAGGACUGACCACAAUCACAGGAACAUCGACUAAUCUGAUUUUUGCUGAGCACUUCAAUUCACGCUACCCAGGUUGCCAGUGCAUCAAUUUUGGAUCCUGGUUUAUCCUUUCCAUCCCUAUUGCAGUUAUUAUUCUGCUGCUCUCCUGGCUCUGGCUACAGUGGCUUUUCCUUGGGUUUGAUUUAAAAAACAUGUUUAAGUGUGGCAAGAAGAAAACAGCUAGAGAAGAGGCCUCAUCACAGGUGAUUCAGGAGGAGUACAAGAAACUUGGACCAAUUAGCUACCCAGAAACUGUUACACUUGUCCUGUUCAUUCUAAUGACCCUCCUGUGGUUCACCAGAGAUCCUGGCUUCAUCCCAGGAUGGUCUUCACUUUUCCCAAAGUAUAAAAGCUAUGUUACGGAUUCAACAGCUGCUUUGGUGAUAGGGCUCCUGUUCUUUAUUAUCCCAGCAAAAACAUUGCUUAGGACAUCGAAUGGAGAAAACACUGUUUUUGGUUACAUUCCACUGAUUACUUGGAAGGAAUUUCAGUCAUGCAUGCCCUGGGAAAUAGCUAUUCUUGUUGGUGGCGGGUUUGCACUGGCAGACGGCUGCGAGGUUUCAAAACUUUCUGAGUGGGUAGCAAGUAAAUUGACCCCUCUGGGAUCAUUACCCUUGUGGCUGAUUAUCCUGAUAUCCUGCCUUAUUGUCACUUCAGUAACAGAAGUAGCCAGUAAUCCAGCUACCAUUACGAUCUUUCUGCCCAUACUAUCUCCUUUGGCUGAAGCCAUUCACGUGAACCCACUUUUCAUUUUGAUACCUGCUACCUUGUGUACUUCCUUUGCAUUCCUGCUUCCUGUAGCAAACCCAGCCAAUGCCAUUGUGUUUUCAUAUGGUCAUUUAACUGUUAUGGACAUGGUGAAAGCUGGCUUGGGCAUUAACAUCAUUGGAGUUGCUGUAGUUAUGCUUGGGAUUAUGACAUGGAUAGUGCCUAUAUUUGAUCUCUACACUUACCCAAGUUGGGCACUCAACAUUCCAUCUACAAAUGGCACUGGACUGUAAAAAAAUAGUUUCCUUUUUUUUUUCCUCACAUGUUGUGAGUCACUUAAAAUGCUUACAGUCACCACAAUGAUAAGGCUCUACAUUACUAUAAAUGCUGUAUUUCACAGUCCUAGAGGCUGAUGAUCCAGUCUGAGAGUCUAAUCAGGAAGAGUGCUAGACUUUCUAAAGAUCAUAGUUAGAUCAGGUUUCUAAUCUAGUUCAGCUAGUCUGAAUUUUUAUAUCUUCAUGUUAUGAAGGAAACAAUAAAUGUGCAUAGCCAUUAUCAUGGGCAAUUUGCCCCCAUUCUCAGGGUAGCAAAAUAAUGAAAUUUAGAUUUUAUUAUUUCAAAUACAUAUCCUUGCUAUUAAUUAUUUGGGGGUUGUCAGAUAGCAUGUUGGUAUUCUGUUUUCUAGAUUCAAGCUCUGUUUUAAACAGUGUUGAUCACAAACAUAAGAUCAGGGAGGGGACUGUCUUGAACCCAUAGUUUACAGACCAGUCAAAAAUGUACAAAAAACGGAGAAGAGCAGCAUGACCACUCACACAGCACUUUAUCUAUUAAGCACCUUGUAACCUGGAAGGAGAGUGCAUACAUAAGCAUGUUUAGCCUACGUCCUCUCAGGACCUUGCUAAAAUAUGUUGCUGCUCUUGUAAAAGAAAAAAAAUAUUUUUCUCUGGAUAGACAUACGUUGAUUGAUCUGAGUUUAUCUGUACAAAUGGAGACUAAAUUAUCAUCAUACCUCUCUGCUAAAAGUAGAUGUAUCUCCUUGAGGAGUGAAACCAUAAGAGAGUGCUGGAGAUUUAACAGUCAAUUUGUGAACCAAGUGAAUCUUCACCAGGAGAGUCAUGAUAUCUGCAGGACAGGUGGCAGUUUAAGGUUACUAGACUGUGUUAAUAUUGUAUUGUUCUAAACACAAAACAGUGCAAUGUGGUCAGCAUGUAAGUUGGAGUUCAAAGAUAUCUACAAAUAAUGAUGUUCUAUUUGGUUGUUACACAUUUUUCACCAUAAAGACUAUAGCUUUAUUUGUGAAGAUCUGUGAUAAUUUGUAAGGAGCAUGUAGUCUGAAUGUAGUCUGAAUGGAAGCUGCAUGUAUUUAGAUUGGAUCAUGCCUUGGGACAUCCAUAUGAUAGUUGUAAACAUCAAUCUGUCUUUUAAAGAUAGUGUCCAUUUUUCCCAACAACAGCAACAACCAAAAAAUGCUGUUGGUUUUUGAUUAAUGGUUUACAUUUGGUUUUGAUACUGCAUAUUUAGAGAUGUCAGUCAUGACUUCUGAAAUGCCAGAAUGCAGUUUAUAAUGUUGUAUGUGUAGCUUGUUACCUGUAGCUAUUAGUUGCAGGUUCAGCUGCAACGAAAUAUUGAAGAAGCACUUUUUUUAAUGAACAAUUCUGUGUUAGUAUUGAAGUAUUAACACCAGGCUUUUAAGCCUGAUUGAGGCUGCUAUCACAAUUUUUUUAUACCAUGGCAAAAUAGGGCUGUGACCAUCACUGGGGCAAUAGGGAGCUGCCACUACCUAAAUAAUGUUUAUUGAUCCCCUGUAGUAAUGAUUAUCAUUAUAGAUAUACAACACUUGGCUAAAUGAAGUCAGGUACCCAAGGGAAAUGCUGAUACAAGUAACUAAUCCAAGAUACAAAUCCUGGAUUAUAUCAUAGGGUAUUUUCCCAUAAGCAUGUGCCGUGCAGGAGCUCAUGGCUUGUUCAGGCCUUUGAUCCUGAAGGCAUAGAGAGGAAGACCAGUAAAGCGUGCUCUUACUUACUUUAUGGUAUCACUUUCCAAUUUUGUCAGAAAUUUCCCAAUUAUUCAAGAGCAGUGGAAACAGUGAAUCAGAGUAUUUCAAGGGGAAGAGGUCUCAGAAUCAUUCAGUCUUGCUCAAAGCAAGGUUAUUACUCUGAUCAGACCAGGUUGCUCAGGGAUUUGUCUAGUCAUCUUGAAACUCUCCAACAUGAAACCCAACAUGCAAAAUUUCCCUGACUAAUGUUCUCCAGUGCUUUACUGGCCUUGCAGUGAAAUAUUUUAUCUUUAAACAAACGAGCAAACAUAUUAAUUUCAGGUUAACAGACUCAUUAUUCUCCCUUUUAUUUGGGAUAGAUUCUUUUCUGUUUGUAGCACUAGAUUUUUUACUUUCUCAUGAACCAUGAAAAAGGGAAGACAGUCCUCUUUGUGGCCUUUUGUUCACCACUCCCACUGGAUGUGGUAUUUUUAAUUGCCACAGGUCUGAUCUGCAAAGCCUUUCAAUCAUGUGGUGACAAUUGUUUAGCCAAAGGAAAUCUGUUAACUACUUCUGAGCUGCCCCUGACUUGUAUGAAUUUUCCCAAAACAGAAUUGGCUAUAAUUGGUUAUAACCUUAGCCUUGAAUAUGAAAAGGAGGUCUACAUGUCCAUGAAUGCACUUCUAAUUAAAUCAGGCUUUGACACUGGUAUUCUCUCAAGUUGCAUACCUACAUGGAAGAACAAUUUUGCACCAGUCAAGAGAACUCUUGAGCUGUUGACCAUAACAAGUGAUACAGUUUUCAGUAAAGCUGAAGCUGUUUGUGCCAGUUGAUUUUCAGAUGUUUAUUUUCUUUACUUUCUGGGUUAUUCAUAAAAUGAAUAUGACAACAAAGACCUGUCUUGUCUGAGCCCUCAUGUAAUUCAGAACACAGAAUUUCCCUAGGUUAUUUUUUCAGGGCAGAAAUUAUUGUUAAGUAUCUUAGUAAACAAGCAAAAAUAGUAAAAUUGUUUAAUGAAGGAUGCAUUUUUUAAAAACUAUUUUCACUUAAAUUGGUGUAUGCAGUGGAUAAUUCACAAAGAGACAAGGGAAAAGUUUGUAAAGUUGGUCAUCUCUUGGACCUCAUGUUUUUGUAUUUGUUGCAAUGAAACACAGAAUUAUAUAUAAACUGACUUUCAGCAACCAGCAUCUUAAUUGUGUCAUAACAUACUAAAUUAGUGACAAAAGUAAAUGAUUAAUCAUGAUGUUUUUGGAGACUGUAUCUUGCAAGUAAGGAGUUUUGAACAAUCAGGUUGGUAGUACUGGGAAAGUAGGCUCUCAGCAGGAUUAUUAACUUGUUUUGUCAGAAGUUUAUGGAAUGGGUCAGACUCAACAUUUGAGAUUAUUUGUUAUUAUUACUAACUUAUUUUUAAAGCUUUUAGGAAUGUUUUAAGUAAAAACUAACAACCCUGCAGUGCAGGGAUUAAUAUUAAUAUUAAUAUUAUAUUCCCCACCUGAGAGCAUUGAAAUAGAGGAAAAAGAAUUUCAGAGUGUGGCAAUAUGGGUACCCAAGGAGUGGAUUUAGCUUGGACUGCAGGCACAGAUCAUUUUGCUGAUCACCAGCAGAAACACACUCUUCAUAAGUUGCUGUUAUAUUCCUUGCUUUGACCAGAAUUUGUAUAGGACAAAUAGUGGGAAGGCACCUAUAAUUAUUUUAAGAGUUGAUUAAUAUAUGUUGACAUUAACUAUAUGUAAAUUGCUUUGUUCCUAAUUUCCAUAUAAAAGGUGUUUAUUUUCUUUGUAUCAGAUAAGUAAUAUUUGUAACUUACUAUUUAUUUGUGAUCCCAUUCCUGAUGAAUUAGAAGGAACUUUUGCCAUGUACUUCACUGGGGAUAUGUACCCGGUCUAUGAUCUCCUUUUCUAUGGCUAUACUAUAUUUAGUGUAUUUUCACUUUAUUUUGGAAGAUGUGCAUUUACAUUAGCAGAAAUGAUGUGUACACAAAUGAUGUGUACCCUGGAAAUACCUUCUUGACUUUUCUAUUUUACAAUCAGGCAAUCAGAUCAAUCUUGCAGCAUAAAUCCCUUUAUGUACUUUUAAAAUUAAUUGACUGUGUUUGUUUACUGCCAGGGUCUAGCUGGUUUAAAAUCAACCAGCCUAUAGCUCAAGGGCUCACUGAAGAGCAGUGCAGCACAGCAGCUCAGGAGGAGUGUAGCAAAAAGAUCUUACAACUCUUUGAUUACUUGUGGAUAAUAAACCACCUUGCAUGUGAGUAACAACAACAAAAAUACUCUUGCAUGUUAUGUUCAGCUGCUGGCAGGAUUGGAAGGCUUCUAGUGACCCCUUGGGUGUCCAGAAGUCUAGUCCUGCCCUCUCUCCUGCCCUGCCCUUGGCAGCCCACAGCAGGAUGCCACUUUCUCUGAUGGUGACACCCUGCUGCCCCAGAGCACUUGAGGACAUCCCCCAGUGGUCAGACCUGCACAUAUAUCAGAUCACUUUGCAGCUAUUACUCAGAAAUUGUAACUUCACUUAUCAGCUUAGUUCUUUGUCUCUGCAAACUUAAUUUGAUAGUUUAUGGUUUUAACUUGAACUGAAUUCUUGUCAGUGUUUUUCCCUAAUACUUUUGCCUUUUGUGUUUGGAAGUUUAUGUAUGUUGUUUUAUCUGCACAAUGUUCAAUUUCUGCACAAUUUUCCUUUACAAUACAAAUCUACUAUUUUUAAAAUAAAUAUUUUCUGAAUGCUGUACAGUCCAACAUCUUUAUCACUAACAAGAGCUAAAGUUGAUCUGCAAAGAAAAGCUAUUUGUCAAUAAAAGUGCCUGAGAUUUCUUAAA